CCGGAAGUGACGCAUGCACAUUUGUUCCAGCGACGGCUAGUGGGGACAUUUUAAAAUAGCAAACUGCUAAAGGGGUCGGAAAGUCGAGAACCCAGAGUUGUUUUUCGUAUAAUAUAUAUAAAUUACACAUUUCCAUGUACAUAUGAAUACAAGCGUAAGAUGCUGAGGAGAAAAGACACAUGAAGACAGAUUUGAUUCAGGUCAACCGCCCCUCUUUAUCACCUAGCAACUGCCACUACAGAGACGUUGCCCCUGGCCCCGCCCUCCAGAGAUGACUGAUGCCCAGAAGGCCAACGAGCUCCCUGAAUGCCCUUCAGAGGGCGGGGCCAUCGCAGAAGAACAAGACAUGCUCCUGAAACAAGAAACCACGUCCACCAGCUCACCGGCUUGUGAAGAGCCAAACGGCAUACAGAGUCCUGAGAAAGAGCCCGUCCCUGGCCUACUCUCCAUGCCAUGCUUACUGAAAGAGCUUCACAGAGACUCCGCCCCCGGGCAGCCGCAGGAAACGGAUCCUUCGACCACGGCUCAGCCCGGCCCUCAAGAAGACAGCGACUCGUCCGUCUGCCUGCGAUCGCCAUCCUCCUCCGGUCAUCUUGGCGACUCGGACACGCUUUCAUCUGCGGAGGAAGCCGCCGCACCCACCCAAGCUGCGAGCAGGAAGUCACGGCGUUCGCAUUCUGAGAGCGACACGUCCUCUGUCGCCAUGGCAGCCAAGAAAAAUCGUUGCCAGGAGAAGCAGGUGAACGGGCGGGUUCGUGUGAGGGGUCCACGGAGCCAGAAGCAGAAACAGCGCAUGCGACAGUUGCGGCAGAAACGGGAGGCUGCGGCGAGGCGCAAGCCUGACGUGCUCCAGGACAGCAGUACGAGCGACAGUGACAUCACAGCCCACUCUUCAUCGUCGUCACCGUUAACUGCCUCGUCUGACAACGAAGGCGAGACAAUCAACUCUCACGCGCCAGCUGGUCAACGCCGAGCCGAGAGUUCCGGAGCUUCAGCGCGAGGGCGGGGCCAAUUCGACAUGGGUGUGGCCGGCACCAGUCUGGGCGGAGUCUUGGAGGAAGCUCUCACGAGAUUCGCCGCGAUGCAGAGACAGACCGAGGAACGCUUUCGCGUGUGGAUGGACAGACUGACCCGGCUGCAUUCAGACGACGAUCUUUCGUCCAGUGAAAAUCCGGAGGUGCGGAGCCAAGUUAGUUCGUUCCUGCCGUCGUCCGAGUCGCAGGAGACUUUGGCGGCCUAUCAGAUGGCCCGAAUGAAUGCCAACCUGGUUCAACCAACACAGACUGCCAGCCUCAAUGGAAACGUGGAUCCAUCCGAGCCAAACGUUUGAGGAACGUUACCAUCGCUUGUGCCGACUCGAUCUGACUGCUCUUUAAUGGAGACUCAAUGCACAAACUUUUUUCUUUAUUUCCCAAUAAAACAUCGUAACUCUCCCUUAAAAGCUCUCUUAUACGCAUUUCUCUUUUAAAAGAAAAGUUUGCCUAAGUUUAAAUUCUGUCAUUUACUCAAAUUCUAAUUUUCAUUCGUAAAACACAAAAGGUGAAUUUUGUAAAGAAUAUUCUGGCCACUCCUCGCCUUGAAAUGAAAGUAAUAAGGGGACUGAAUUUUUCAAGCUCUAAGUAUAAUAAAAUUUAAAUUUAGCUCAAAUUCAGGCGUUCUGAAGCAAUACGAUAGCUUUGUGUAACUUAUUUUGGUCUGUUACACACACACGUUACAUUUUAUUCUUAACAUUUUUUAAGAACUUGACAACUUCAGUCCCUGUUUUCACAUUUUGGGGUGAACUAACCCUUUAACUUCAUCUGUCUCAGCUGUUUUUCUUAAUGUGUAGUCGCAUCUCAGGGCGCCGCCACAGUCAGUGCCUUUGUGAGCUCUUGUCUUUGGAGAGCCAGUUCUUCCAUUCACUUGGAGUCGAAUCUUGUAGUGAAUCAUUUAAAUGAAUCAUUUGUCUUCCCCGUAGAAUAACAAUGACUGACGAGUUGUUUCUCCAAAAGACUCCUGAAGUUUUUUGCCUUGACUGCCAUUUUGUGUGUUUGUCUCCUCAUCCACGUUCACUUAGAUCACUCGGACUGGCACGUCUACCAAAGAACUCGUACUCUUUGUUUGCAUUGUGGCUUGUUCUUACAGGUUCUUAUUUAAACGCUUCUUCCAAAGCAAAACGUGCAUGAAAAUAGCUGGAGUGCUGUGAUGUUAUGACUACAUGCACUACAUUAGUUUAAAUGCUAAGUACUAACCUAAAACUCGGACGAAUGAGGAUUUGUUCAUUCAAACACUAAUAUCAGUGCUGCGUAUGCAAAUACACUGGAAUGAUGUUACUUAGAAAUGCAGAAACUUUAGAUUAAAUUGUCCCUUUGCAAAUACAUUUGUUAUAUUCACAUAAAUGCACAGUUAUUGUUUAGUUAGUAGGCACGUCUCCCAGUCAUAUUUUGCAUCAAAAUCAAGAAAACAUUUACAAUUAUAAAGAUUUUUGGGUAUAUUCCUUUUACUUUUAAUACUUGAUGCAUUUUGUGAGAUUUUCUUUAUAUUUGAUCAUGAUUCUCAUUGAUGAAAACGGUGCGUUGUUUUGUGUAGUUUUAAAUCGCCAAAUGUAAAAUUGUUUUAAUAUUUCAUACAUGUAUAUCGACAAAAUAUUUUAGACAAUUUAGACAUAAAAGGUAAUAUUUUGAUUUUGGAGUUGAAUAUGACUGGGACAUUUUGGGACAUGUUUUGUGACAUUCACACAUACUGUAAUUUUACUAUAGUGACUUGCAAGAGGACUUCAACCAUGUUUACUGUGUCUGAAGAAGAAUGUUUACGGUUUUAUUAUUAUUAUUUUUUAUUAUUAAGAUAAUCAGGCUGCCUACUGAUUUUAAUAUCAAUGUUUUAGAUGUCCUCCACGUAAUUCAUAGAUUAAGUACUUGAAUAAGUAUUGAGUAACCAGAGAUGGGUGUUUUUCUGUAUGUCAUCGAUUUACAAUAAUAGUGUCUGACCAAAACCAAAAGUAGGUCAGGUAAUGUUUUUUUUUUUUUUUGUGUUUUCAUGUCUAUCAUGUAACACAAUAUUGAGGUUUGAUGUCUGCUCUGUUACUAGCUGGUAAAUAAAUAUAUACACCUCACCUCAUGCACCUUUUAAGUGGUUUUAGUGUAAAAUGAAUGCAGUUUUAACAAGUACUGUUUCUGUUUAAUAGUCAUUCAAAGUAGCAUUAAUGUUGUCUCACAUAAGGAUUGUUGAUGCUUUAAGUUAAAAAGUCACUUGGAUUUGUUGUUUCUGUAAGACGUCUAAUGCGGGGUGAAGAUAUUAACACUUGUGACUAGUUAAGGAAAUGUUUAUUAGAAAUUGCAACAUAAAUAACAGUAUAUAAGAAUGACGGUCUGUAAAGUAACAAGCAAUUUAUAUAAAAACAAGUAGGGUUGGGCGUUCAUUCAUAUCUCUGUAAUUUUGGGAUUCUGCAAAGUGGAAUAAAUGUUUCUAUACAAUUCAAA